AUGCCAUCCUCCUCCGGGACCUCGGAAUCCUGGUCGCCGGACGACCUCCUCGACAAACCCACCCGCGACCGAGCUCCCCGCGCCAGCGCCGCCGACGCCGACGACGACCCCGACGACGUCUCGGCCGAGCGGGUCACCUCGCGGCUGCGCAAGCCAGGAGCCCUGAGGGCCCUCUGCAAGAGGUACUCCGUCCCCGACGGCUUCGCCCCGGUCCUCGCCGGCGACCGCUCCUCAUGCUCCACGCCGCCGCCCGGGUCCGUCUGCGUGUACCUCGACUCGCUGGACGCCGGGAUGCGCCUGCCCCUCCACCCCUUCUUCGCCGCGGUGCUCAGCCACUUCGGGCUCGCCCCCGGCCAGCUCUCGCCCAACGGCUGGCGCGCCAUGGCGGGCUUCGUGGCGCUCUCCCGCUCCGCCGGCGUGGACCCGUCGCUCGCCGUGUUCCGGCACUUCUUCGCGCUCUGCCCGUUCCCGCCGCACGGCUUCUACACCCUCCGCGGCAAGGACGCCGACGGCCUGCUCUUCGCCCGGAUCCGCGCCAAGUUUGUCAAGGGGUGGAAGGAGGAUUUCUUCUUCCUGGCGUCGUCGGCGCCGUGGCCGUGCCCGGUGGAGUGGGGGGGGGGGGGGGGGGGGGGGGGGGGGGAGCCUUCCAGGUCCUCCACCUUCGAUCCGUCGCUCACCGUGCAGGAGAAGGCCGUGGCGGACAGCCUGCUGCGUGCUCGAGGGAGUUCCCCGAUCGACCUCUUCGCGUAUCUCCACCACCGCAACAUGGCCGCGGCCAGCAUCACCGGGGUGUCGUCUCCGCCGCCAACUCCUAAAGCCGUUCGAUCUGAUGCCGCCAUGGAGGAAACCACGGCCGCGGCCGCGCGCGCGUCGGCAGGGAAGGUGAAGGUGAAGAACGAGCCUGACUGCAAGGUGCCGCCUUGUGCGCCGUCGCUUGGGAAGAAGAGGAAGCUGCCGGGGGACCGUGCGGACGGCGAGAGCUUGACGUCGUACCCCUCUUGCCCGCCGGGCUUCUCCGCCCCCUGCAAGUCGCCGCCCACGACAAGCAAAGAUGGUGACUGGAAGGCGGCGAGGCGGCUGCUGCAGGGCACCGUGACGCCGUCGCGGGAGCGCGAGCUCGCCGCGUCCAAGCCGGCCGACGUCGUCGCCUCAACCUACGUGUCACUGCUCCAGACGGCGAACGAGGUGGCCUUCUCGCUGGGCUACGCUCUGGAGCUGGAGGACAAGCUGAGGGCGCGCGAGCGCAAGACGGACGCGCUGCGGGCGGAGCUGCACCAGGCGAAGGCCGAGCUCGCCGUGACCAAGGCGGAGGCCGAGAGGGCGGCGGCGGCACGGUGGUUCUGGGGGUCGAGCAGGGAGCACGCGCGCGCGCUGGCGGAGCGGGAGCUGCGCGGGUACGAGCGCGGCCUGGAGGACAUGCGGCGCGCCGCGCUCCAUCGCUACCCGUACCUGGACCCGUCGCUGCUCUUCGUGCCGGUCCGCGGCCCCCCGUAG